CCGGCUAAUUUACACCGACGCACACCGCCCGCCCCAUCAGCAGGAGGAGCCCCUCGGUCCGGGGAAAGGAUUUGACGCCUUACCGGAACUGUUUCCAAGGUUUCUACGGGUUUGGGAGGUUUUGCGCCGGCAAGCUCUGGGAGCCAAGGCAACGGAGAUCUUCCCAGGGUCGCCAGAGCGCCCCCUUGUCCCGCCGCUUCCGGGACACACCUGUAGCGAUGGCUCCGGUGUCCCGGUCGCGCAGCCCCGAGGGCGAGGCCUCGGGCUCCAGGGGAAAACGUCGCAGUUUGUCGAAGAGCCCCAAGCCCAGCAAAUCCUCCCGCUCCCCGCGGGGCCGCCGAUCUCGCUCGCGCUCUUGUUCUCGGUCCGGUGAUCGGAAUGGCCUCAGCCAUCCGCUGAGUGGCCUCAGCCAAAGCUCCCGAAACCAGCUGCACCGCUCCCGCUCGCGCUCUCUAGAGCGACCCUCCGCGCUGUGGAGCACCCCCUUUGCGCCUGCCUGCUCGUCCGCAUAUUAUGGCGCCUACUCUCGCCCCUUCGGCGGCGGCGACAAGCCAUGGCCCAGCCUUCUGGACAAGGAGAGGGAGGAGAGCCUGCGGCAGAAAAGAUUAAGUGAGAGAGAAAGGAUUGGAGAAUUGGGAGCUCCUGAAGUAUGGGGACUUUCUCCAAAGAAUCCUGAACCAGACUCUGAUGAACAUACACCAGUAGAGGAUGAAGAACCAAAGAAAAGCACUACUUCAGCAUCCAGUUCAGAAGAUGAAAAGAAGAAAAGGUCUACCCGUUCAAAAGAAAGGUCCAAGAAAAAGAGAAAGAAGAAAUCAUCUAAAAGAAAACACAAGAAAUAUUCUGAAGAUAGUGACAGUGACUCUGAUUCUGAAACAGACUCCAGUGGUAAGACAGCCGACAUCAUUCUGCAAGCCUCGCCUCAACUCCAGUUUUACUCCUUAAAAGCUGUUAUACAAAAAGGGUUCUUAAAACAGUAGUGGCCCAAAGUUUCCCAACACUUGUUGACCUUGUGCCAGGCACCCUGCUAAGUGCUGCGUGUUCAUUAUCGCUCUUCCAUGCACACAGUAACAUCUCACGGAUGAGGAAAUGGAGGAACAGAGCAGGUGAUAAGUGCCACACCCAAGGUCCUGGUUGUGUAUAGUUGCAGGAGGAGCCUGGCACCAGAUCUGCUCAGGGCUGGGCUGGGGGACGCGGUGCGAAGCAAGCUUUCCAGGGCGCUGCAGCCCGAGGCCGGGCUCCUUCGUGCACUUCUCAUGCCCAGCGGGCGCCUCUGUGUCGCGCUUUCAGAGGCGCCAUAAAGGGCCCCCUUCAGGCUGACCGCUCACUGACAUGGGCACCUGAUUUGGGAAGGUGCAUCCCAGUAAGCCAUGUGUUUUUA